AUGGGCAAAGAUAUCGAAGGGUGGCAAGACGUUUCGGUGAACCCCGACGUCAAGCGGGGCGAGCGAUCGAGCUUUGAAGUUCCGCCACUCCCUGACGGAUUGCGUCUGCUUAUCGGUAAAGCAUUGGAGAAGUCCCAAGACCACGUCGUCUCUAAUAUCUCGAAUCAAAGAGUUUGCGUGAACGAUCUGAAGACUCUUGUCGGACUCCAAUGGCUCAAUGAUGUAAUCGUGAACGCCUACAUGGCCCUAAUUGUCAAGCGCAACCGAGGCGACCAGCGUUUACCGAGAGCUCUAGCCCUCGACGUCUACUUCCAUACAUUUCUCCGCUCGAAUCCGAUAGCUGCGCAUCAAUGGACGCAGAAAGACGAUAUUUUCCAUUACGAUAGUCUUCUCGUUCCAGUCAACGAGAGCAACCACAGGAGUCUGGUCACGAUCGAUAUGCGCUGCAAAGGGAUUCGCUACAUGGACUCCCUCGGGCGUCGUAACGAUGAUUGCUUGAGGAGGAUCGUCGCUUUUCUGACUCGAGAGGCAUCGGAGAAUGAAAGAACCCAAGUCUUCUCGAAUGAUUGGCAUUGUUGGAGCAUGCAGGAUCUCCCAAGACAAGAGAACGGUUCGGACUGCGGCGUGUUCGCCCUGAUGUUUGCGGAACACGCAUCGCGAGAUGCGGCGACGUGCUCCAAACAGGCCGGACGCAAAAACGAACACGAGCGAAUCGGACCUCCAUAG